AUGACUUUGGUCCAUAUUGUUCUCUUCAAGUUUCGGCAUGAAAUUACCGAGGAGCAUAAACGCAAAUUCGUCACAGAGCUUAAAACGUUGAAGAACUUGUCUUGUGUGAAAGGAGGACGGCUGCUGGUCGGAGGGCCUAGCGUCACCCACCCCAUUGAGCGCAGCAAAGGAUUCCAGAUCUCUCUAGUUAGCUUCCAUGAAAAUCUAGAAGCUUUGUCGGAAUACCAGGCGAUGUCUCUCGUUUUCAACAACUCCUCUCCGGCGCUUCCCGUCUGGGGCGGUAGAUCUAAGCUCACGGGGGUAUCUCCGAUCGCUGUGCUGUCCGGGUCUGCUUUUGCGGACCAUGUGACGUACCCCUAUGACCCAACUAAGCCGGCAGUUGUCGGCCAUUUUCUGGUUGCAAUCAAGCCCGAGCUCUUCAUGGGCCUGGAGGAGUUCAAGUCGCGUAUGGACUAUUUGUACCAGCGGGUAGUGGGAUGCGACAAGAUGGAAGGUGUAGACCGCAUCUACUAUCCUGGAGAAAUCGAGUAG